CGGCCGGGGCGGCGCCCAGGGCCCCGGGGAGCUGUGCUGACCCCCUGGGUGAGACCUGGACACUGUGACCUUGAGCCAGUCCUGUCUCCCUCGUCCUGGCCCCGGAGCUUGCAGGGUCUGACUUUGGGGGAUUGCCCUGGGCUUCAGUGGCUGCUUGGGGGAGUCCAGCAGAUGAGGGUGGUGACUGUAACCAGCACGGAGCGGUCAGCAGUCAAGAAGGAGGGGCGGCAGUGGCGGCGGCGGCGACCCUGGGGAGAGGGAGCUCCGUGAGCGCCCGUCGCCACCCUCCCUACGCUCCCGCCCGGCUCUGCAUCUCUGCCCCCGACAGGGCGCCUCCCCCACUGCUCCAGGCAAGAGAGGCCACUGUUCCCAGGUGGACGGCGCGACGUGACUUGGGCAUCUGCUCUCUCGGCCGAAACUCGCGGUUCGGCGCGGGGCUUCGUCUCCACUUCCCGGCCCGUCCCCCCUCGGCUCGCGACCACUUGGUCUGCGCCGGCCGCAUUCUCUGUGUGCCGGGCCCGCCCGCACUGCGGGGGAGAGGCCGGGAGCCGCCCACGCGCGCUCAUCGCACGGCGUCGCCGUCUCCCUGGUACGCGCGCGGGCGGCGCGGCGCGGCGCGCAGAGCCGGGCGGGCGGCCAUGGCGCGGCUCGCGGGGAGGUAGCGGGACCGGCCCUGGGGAGGGCGGCGCGGCCAUGGCCCGGCGGCGGCGCCGCGCCUGCAUCGCGCUGUUCCUGGUGCUGCUUUUCGCCUUCGGCACCCUCAUGGGCCUGCGCACGCUCAAGGCUCCGGACGGACUCCCAGCGCUGGGCCCGGGCCUGGAGCUGGCGCCCUUUGAGCGGCGGCCGGAGGGGGCCCCGGCGCCCGCCGCCCGGGCCCCUGCCGCGCCUGCCGCGCCGCCGCCGCCGCCACCUCCGCCCCGCACCGCGGAGCCGGGCAGCCCCCCGGGGCCGGCACCCGCGGAGGCCGAGCCCGCCCCCGGGCGGAGUCUACGCGUGUACUCGGACCUACACGCCUUCUACUACUCGUGGUACGGCAGCCCGCGGCGCGAGGGCCGCUACAUCCACUGGGACCACGUCAUGGUGCCGCACUGGGACCCCAAAAUCUCAGCCAGCUACCCUCGCGGCCGCCACAGCCCCCCGGACGACCUGGGCUCCAGCUUCUACCCGGAGUUGGGGCCCUAUAGCUCCCGGGACCCCGACGUGCUGCGGGAGCACAUGACCCAGCUCCAGGAGGCCGCCAUCGGCGUCCUGGUCCUGUCCUGGUACCCACCUGGCAUGGCUGAUGAUAAUGGGGAACCCUCGGAUGACCUGGUGCCUGCCAUUCUGGACACCGCCCAUCAGUACAACAUCCAGGUGGCCUUCCACAUCCAACCCUACAAAGGCCGGGAUGACAUCACUGUGCAUGACAACAUCAAGUACAUCAUUGACACGUAUGGCUCCCAUGGUGCAUUUUACCGCUACAAGAACAGCAUGGGCAAGAGCCUCCCCCUCUUCUACAUCUACGAUUCCUACCUGACAUCCCCAGAGGCCUGGGCCCACCUCCUGACACCACAGGGACCCCACUCAAUCCGCAACACGCCCUACGACGGGGUCUUCAUAGCGCUGCUGGUGGAGGAGGGCCACACCCACGACAUCCUCGCUGCAGGAUUUGAUGGCAUGUACACCUACUUCGCCUCCAACGGUUUCUCCUUCGGCUCCUCCCAUCAGAACUGGAAGGCCGUGAAGAACUUUUGUGACGCUAACAACCUCAUGUUUAUCCCCAGCGUCGGGCCUGGCUACAUUGACACCAGCAUCCGGCCCUGGAAUAACCACAACACACGGAACAGGGUCAACGGCAAGUACUACGAGACGGCCCUGCAGGCGGCCCUGACCGUGAGGCCCGAGAUCGUCUCCAUCACCUCCUUCAACGAGUGGCACGAGGGCACCCAGAUUGAGAAGGCCAUUCCCAAGAAGACGCCGACUCGCCUGUAUUUGGACUACCUGCCUCAUCAGCCCAGCCUCUACCUGGAGCUGACCCGCCGCUGGGCCGAGCACUUUGUCAAGGAAAAGGAGCAGUGGCUGAUGUGAGGCCUGUGAACCCGGGGUGCACGGUGCCGACUUCCUGGCUUCACUGAAGGUGUCACCACGUGGGGCACUGCUGAGGUUGUGGGUGCUCACUGGUCUCAGCAGCUGGGUGCCUCUGGGUGGGCCACCAAGCCUGGGCCCAUGUCUAACAGUGCCUGUUCCUCAGGCAAGUGGUGCUGGGGCGCUCUGCAGUGAGAGGAGACUGGGUGGUGUUCCAGAGGACGAAGAGGCUGGCAGGUGACCACGUAACCCAGGGCACUCUGUGGCCUCGGAGCCUUUUCAUGUGACCCUCCCAGUUUAGAACUCUGCAGCAGGUUGGUGUCGUGGAGGGAGUGACCCAGGCAGUGCUGUUGGAAAGGUGUGGGCCCUGGGGCGAGCACAUACCCUGCCCCUUCUGCCAGUCGGUGUCCUUUCUCCUCAAGUAUCUUCUCUAAAUUAGGGAACCUGAGACUCUGUCAAGGGGAGUUUCUGGGUUUAAGCUCCUGAACUCAAUUACCAGGAAAUAAUCCCGCACACGGACACAUUCAUUCAACACCCACUAACUGAGCACCUUCCUAUGUGCUAGGUGCUGGAGAAAACUUGAGCAAGGAACAGUUCCUGUCCUGAAGCUUACAGGAUCCAGCUUUCCCUCUUUGGUGUGGCCUUGUAGCUAGUGCCUGGGUAUGGGCAGAAGUUUUUUUGUUUGUUUUUGGUUUUUUUUUGCAGCUUUACCCAGUGCUGGAGUCGAGUUCUUUUUCCUCUAAGAAAAUACCUCUGCACUCCAGAGCCGACUUUUCCUAGAUGAACACUGAGCUGCAGGGAGAGGACCAGACACCCCUCCCCAUAGCUGCCUGAACAGAAUGAGGCCCACUCACCAGAGCCGUUUUCAGUGCUACUGUGAUUCGUAUUAAUUAAUUAAAUAUGACGUGGUAUUCUCCAGUAAACAUUCCUUUUGCUCUUGA